UGUCAUUUUACUACUACUACUUUUAAUAAUAAUAUAAUAAUGAAAAGAAUAUUAAAAUAGUACAUGAUGUGUACUAUUACUGUAUUUUCUUGUUUUUAAGUUUUGCCAAAAAUGCUCAUUGGUUCUUUUUCAUAAUUCAGUUUAAUAGGAAAAUGGUUAGAGAUUCUGUGCUCAGAGUGCACUUCUGCACCAUUUGUCAAACCUUAUUUUUGAUAAUGUGUAAGAAAAUUAGUAAAAAAUUCAGGAAGUGUAUCCAUUUACAAACAUUGCUUUAUCAGUGAACUUUGAUGCUCUUAGCAUAACAUUCUGGGCUCUUUUUCAGUAAAUUCAGGCAUGCUAUUUAACUUGUGAAGAACAAAGGUAUGUCUUGACUUACAUUUAUAUAGUUGAUUUAAUGUAUUAUCUAGAUUUGGAAAUAAUGACAGACUUCUAUUAAGUCUUUGUUCCAACUUAACUUAAAUAGCGUCCCUAGUCAUUGAAAAAAUGUAACUUUUCUGCUAAGAAGAAAUAAUUGAGAUUUGUUGAAGGGUUCCCCUACAUUAUAAAUAUAUAUUUGAGAACAUUGUGAAGGCAGAUUUGUAAAUCUGGAAACAAGGACAUCUGAUAACCUUACCUUAGUAGACUUAAAUUUUCUUGUAAUGAGUGACAGUUCUAUUUGUUCUUAAUUUUUUUAAUGUGGGAAGUUGUUUGUUCUGUUGGCUUUAGUGAUUGAGACUAAAUUAGUUAUUAGUUGUGUUGGUAAAAUUGAAAUUCAUUCAUUAAAUGGUUCUGAGAACUGAUAUAAUGAUUGUCAUUGCGCUUUAUUGGUACGCUUUCAUCUGUGUCCUCUGUCUCCCUGGAUAUUUUUCAUUCAUGGGUUUUCCAUGUAUGCCACCUUUUGCCCAUCCAAGGUGAUCUCAGGUACCAAAUCAUCAAAACGAGUGAGAUAAACGUUGGUUUAACAAUGGUCUGUUUGUUCUAGUCCCUAAAGUAUGUUCUCUGAUUCAUUUCAAAUGUUUCCUACCUUGCUCUCUUAAAGAUUGGAAUUGAGGUGUAUAUUUGAAUUUUGUGCAAAUAAUUUAAUCUACACAACGACGUAUGAAAAAACUUGAUAAAUAAAUGUGAAAAGUUCCACUUUUAAAUAUUUCUUGUAGAACAUAGAAAAUGACAGUUAUAUGCUAGUGUCUUGUUGCAUGGUUAAAUUUUGUUUUCUGGAGUGAAGUACUCCCUACAUCAAUUUAAAUUUUCCGAUUCUCAGUGUGUAUAUUAGAAUUAAAAAUUAGUAUAUUUACUGAUUUGAUUACAUUAUUAUGUUGUUGAUUUUUAUUUUAUCUUUUCCUUCAGUUAUGACCUAAUAGUGUGUUUUAGUACCCCAUGUUUAUGAAAGUUUAUUUGAAUUUAGAAGACAGAAAUGAAAGUUGGAUGAAAAUCCUUGUUGUUUGUGUUCGAAUAUUCUAAAAUUAAAUCCCACAAUUAUAUAGGUUUGAGAGAUAUCUUUAAUAUUUAUUAUUAGUAUAGGUUUUACAAUAUGCAAUUAAAGAAGCAGCGCACUAUUUGAAGAGAGGUGGGGAGUGUCCCCCCCUAAAAAUGAGUCAGAGUAAUUGCAGAGUGAGAAGGUGGUUAGGCUAUGUGUGUUGUCUUCUUAACUUACAGAAAUCUUCUAAUGCUGAUUCACCGUAUGAUCGAGUUUGUGAUUCGUGAAGGACCCAUGUUUGAAGCAAUGAUAAUGAAUCGAGAAAUCAACAAUCCGAUGUUUAGAUUCUUAUUUGAGAAUCAAAGUCCAGCUCAUGUUUAUUAUCGUUGGAAAUUAUUUUCAAUUUUACAAGGCGAUCUUCAGCUCCGUUGGCGGACUCAAGAAUUUCGUAUGUUUAAAGGAGGUUCUAUAUGGAAACCACCACCCAUGAAUCCAUAUACACAGGGAAUGCCUGAUGAAUUAGUGGAAGGGGAAGAAAAGGAACCAAGGAAAGGCAGUUUGUCAAAUACGCAACGAGACCGAUUAGAAGAUUUGCUGAGGAAUAUGACUCCAGAGAGAAUGAAAGUUGCAGAGGCAAUGGUGUUUUGUAUUGAACACAGUGAAGCAGCUGAAGAAAUUUGUGACUGCAUAGCAGAAUCAUUGUCGAUUUUACAAACACCAAUCCCCAAAAAGAUAGCUCGUUUAUAUUUAAUAUCGGACAUUCUUCACAACUGUGGGGUGAAGAUAACCAACGCAUCUUAUUAUCGGAAAGGGUUGGAGUCCAGACUAUUGCAAAUCUUUCAAGAUGUUCAUACUGCUUAUAUGAAUUUGGAAAGUAGACUUAAAGCUGAAGGAUUUAAAGUGCGUGUUAUGCAGAUGUUUCGAGCAUGGGAAGAAUGGGCUGUGUAUCCCAAGGAGUUUUUGAUCAAGUUACAAAAUGCAUUUCUUGGUCUUGCAAAUUUGAAUGAAGAGAAAGGAGAUACGGAUAAUGAUGAAGAGAGGGACACUGGUGUGGAUGUAGACCUCGAUGGAGCUCCAAUGUCUGAGGGGGCUGAAGGGGAACGGGAAGACUUGGAUGGAAUCCCUCUUGAUGGAGUGGCACUUCUAAAGGGUGCUAUGAAGCACAGACCAAUAGAUGAUGAUAUUGAUGGUGUGCCCAUGGAUGACGACAUUGAUGGUCAGCCAAUGGAAGAAGAUCCCAGUGACUUCAAAGUGCAGCCCCCGGGUGCUGUGUUGGGACCAGGAGGGGGAGGUGGUGGAGCCGGCCGUGCUCUCAAAGUAGCCAUGCCAGCAGGAUUUGUUCCUUCUCGUUGGGAGACUGUUGAUCCUGAGCAAGUAGAGGCCCAGGCAAUGACCACUAGCAAAUGGGAUUUGCUUGAGCAGAGUGAGCCACCUGAGCAAGUUGAAGCAGAUGAACAGUUAGACAGCCCUGGAGGAGAUGAUUCACAAGAGGGAGACUGUCAGAGUUACGAAACAAGGGAUUUAAAUGAAGAACGCAGAGCCAAGCUGCGAGAAAUAGAAUUGAAAGCUGUUCAGUAUCAAGAUGAGUUAGAAAAUGGACAGAGAAGUCUUAAAAGUGGUUGGACUAUUCAACAGCAAGUGGAACACUACCGCCGUAAAUUACUGCGUAAAGCCGAAAAAGGAGAAAAGGAAAGGCAAAGUGAAAGAGAAGAAAGAGAUGCUGAAAAAGAUUCUCAGGAGAGGGAAACUGAUAGAGAACGAGAUCGCCAAAAUUCAUCCGAUAGAAGACGAAGAGAGAAUAGAUCUGAACGCAGUAGUAGGCGAAGUUCUUCUCCUGAAGAUUCUUAUUACCAUAGAGAUUCAUCCAGUUCAAGAUCCAAAUCCAAGCGUUCUCGAAGCUCAUCGGGCAGUCCUAUUCCAAGUAAACGCUCGUACAGAUCACGCAGUCGUAGUCCUGUCAGUCGGAAAUCUUCGAGAAGAUCACGAUCUCCUCACAGUAGCAGCAAGAAGUCACGAGGAGGAUCUCCAAUAUCACCUCGCUUGAAGCAUAGAGGGGCUACUCCUUCACCUCCUCGUAUUAAAAGACGGGCAUCUCCAGUUUCACCACGCAGCAAACGAAGAAGCUCAUUAUCACCAUCGCCAACCCGAGUGAAGCACAGAGCAUCUUCUCCAUCAACCCCACCCCGUAAACAUAAACAUAAGCACAAAUACUAAGAAAAUGUCUCGUACAAAAUGACAAUGACAAGUGUCACAUGAAAAGGACUGAGAAUCAUCCACUCAUAUUUACUAAACUGAAGACCUGUGCUGAAUUGGGUAAAUGUUAGUGACUGAAUUGACAAUGCAACAUAAUUUAUGUAGUUUGUACAUUUGUUGAGUUCACUUCCUUUGGGUAGUCUACAUAUGUGAUGUUUUUUUGUAUAAAUGUUGAAUUUGGUUUUGAGAUGAUUAGGUGGAUUUUUUAACAUAAUGUACGGAUUUAAGACAUAGUCUUGCCUGUCAUAAUGAAAUUUUAUUUUUGUUUGCAAGCGAAUUUUUUUUCUUCUUUUUGAUUUAAUUUAAAUUUGUCUCCCUUUCUUUUCUUUUAAAAAAAAUGAUUAUGUAAAUAUUUUGUGAUCAGUGUCCGGAACAUCAAUGGACUUGAUGUUCAAAUUUGAAUAAUAUUAGUUCUGUAUAAGAUAGGCAAUUUUUUGACAUUAUAGCAUCAGAGAAUUGUCGCUGUACUGCUUAUAUAAUAAUAAUACAAUAGUUUUUUAAUCUGUUGAACCAAUAGAUAAUAUUAUAUGCAAAUAUCUUCAGAAAUAUUUGGGCAGCAUGUAAUUACAAAAAAUAGUGUAUUCUGGACUCAACUCGGACAUCUUUCUUGUAAAUAAAUCAUUUAUUUGUUACAAUUGAGAAACUGACUGACGAUUUUAAUUUUAAUUGAACGUGAGUCAUUAAUGUAGUUUACCUUAACCCAUUGAUGCAUAAAGGCUUUUGAAAUAUUUUUUUUUUUUUUUUUGCUAGUAAUCGUGUCAAACGUCUUUGUUUAUCAUAAAUCAAUGCUCAAAUAAAGUUUUUGAAUCAUAGUUUUUGAGAAAUCAGCCAUCCAUUUCAGUGGAUGCUGUGCACAGAGGAUACUUAGUUGUGUCAGCAGAGCACAUAAAUGAGCUUAUUCUGGCCAUGAAUGAACGUGUUAAGCUGCGAGUGCCAAAAGCUGGAAACUUUACAACUUUCAAGAGGUGAGUGUCAGAUGAGGUUAUAGUCUGCAGAUAACAUUUAUUGGUUACAAUGUCCGAAAAGAAGCAAAAUUAUGCAUCCAUUAGCCACAGGAAUUGCUUGUAACAACCAGGAUGUGGAUGACUAUGUUGCAUUUUCUGCAAAUAAAUUUUGAUUUCCUCUUCCAACGUUUUUACCGUGCCCAGUAUGCGUAUAUGGUGUUUUUUGCCGGGCCCAGUGAUUAAUCAUCUGAUAACAAAUAUAUUUAACAGUUUUUCAGUAAUACUUUCCUUGGGAUUUCUGUCCUUGUUUUCACACCCAUGCAAGCAUUGUGGCAAAAUUUUUCAGAACGUUCUAGAAUCAUUUCCUACAUUAUUUUGUCAGUACAUCAACCCAGCAUUUAGAAGUGCUACAAUAACCAAAACUUGAAUGAUAAUACGUUUUCUAAUUCUUUAUCUGUAUGUCACUACAGACUAGUUCAUUCUCAACCUCCUGUAGCUUAUAUGACAUGAAUUACUGUAUGUGUUUGUGAAACUAGAUCCUGACCAACAGACAAUAUAUUAGAAGUUUCUUCUUAUCUCUGUUAUUUAUCUUCAGCUUUUCUAAAAUUUCAUUCAUGGAAAGAGUGAAACGAAGAGUAUUUUGUGCUCACAUGAGACUUUGUUUUGCAAGUGUCCUGGAUGCAUGGAGUCCACUGACACAGCCAAAAAUUUCAGCUGUGGUAUAAGUAUAACAAAACAAAAAUAGUACAAAUUAUGCAUUUUUAUAAUCAGUACACAUCUAAUAUUUCAUUUUAUUUAAUUUAAAAACAACAUUAGUUCAAUAGUAUUAAUGUAAUGGCUAUAAUUUACUCCUUGCACUCAAACUUGUUCACAUGUUGAAUAUGAUAUAGUGAGAGAUUUUUUAUGUCUGCAUAUGAACACUUGAGGCCUUAGCUCCUAACACUCAAACAAUGUAAAUUUAAAAUGUUAAACAACAUAUUACAAAAUAUUAAUAAAAUGGUGUCUGCUUUUAAGCAGAUGCGUCCACUAAUAAGUUAAUAAUACCUCCUGCCAAUGGCAAGAAAAAAUGAAGUUUGUUUAUUAAGACAUGCAGGAAUGUCUUG